UGGGAUCGACUCUCAGUCCUACCCCUCGGUCGGUCAGGUGACUCUGUGUUCAGUCUCGCUAUUAUACACGCUCCUGUUAAGAGCCCGGAGAAACCUAUCCUGCUGUAUUGUAAGUAAUCGUUAAACCAAGACCGUGAGUGAAUAUCGUCGGUGAGAUCUCCAGGAGGAUGUGGGAUCAUCGGCUUUUCUUGUUGUUGAUGGUCGCGAGCUCAGCUCGUGCGGUCGAGAUGCCAUUAGAAGAAGGACCAGGCUUACUGGCCGAGCCACAAGUUGCCAUGUUUUGCGAGAAACUCAAUAUGCACAUGAACAUCCAGAGUGGCAAGUGGGAGCCAGACCCUUCAGGAACCAAGAGCUGCGUGAACACCAAGGAGGGUAUCCUUCAGUACUGCCAAGAGGUCUACCCAGAUCUGCAGAUCACAAACGUGGUGGAAGCCAAUCAGCCGGUCAGCAUCCAGAACUGGUGCAAGAAGGGUCGGAAGCAGUGCCGCAGUCAUGUGCACGUUGUAGUGCCUUACCGCUGCCUUGUGGGCGAGUUUGUGAGUGACGCUUUGUUGGUUCCCGAUAAGUGCAAGUUCCUACACCAGGAGCAGAUGGACAUGUGUGAGAGUCACCUGCACUGGCACACUGUAGCCAAAGAGUCUUGCAGCGAUCAUACCAUGAACCUACAUGACUAUGGGAUGUUGUUGCCAUGUGCCAUCGACCGUUUCCGUGGCGUGGAGUUUGUGUGCUGCCCAGUGGAGACGGAGCAGGAAAAGGACGACGCAGACGAGGAGGACGAUUCAGACGUCUGGUGGGGAGGAGCCGAGACCGACUAUUCUGAUAACAGCAUGACUCGGGAGGUGGAGCCUGCAGAGGUGGCACAUGCAAUGGUUGAGGAUGAUCUCUUUGAAGAUGAAGAGGAGAUUCUAGAUAAUGACCAGGAUGGUGAUGGAGAGGAAGGGGAGGAGGAAGACGACGAGAUUUUUGACGAACGCAAUGACAACGAGCAGACCAGCAACAUCGCCAUGACUACCACUACAACCACCACGACGGAGUCGGUCGAAGAAGUGGUCCGAGAAGUGUGUUGGGCGAACGCAGAGACUGGGCCGUGCAGGGCCAUGUUUUCCCGCUGGUAUUUUGUGAAGGAAGAGGGUCGCUGCGCUCCCUUCAUCUAUGGGGGCUGCGGAGGCAACCGUAAUAACUUUGAGUCGGAGGAAUACUGCCUAUCUGUCUGCGGUGGCGUGUUGCCCACCACUUCUCCAAGUGCUCCAGACGCAGUAGACCGCUACCUGGAGACGCCAGCAGAUGAGAACGAGCACGCACACUUUCAGAAGGCCAAGGAGAGCCUCGAAGCCAAACAUCGCGAGAGAAUGUCUCAGGUGAUGAGAGAGUGGGAGGAGGCUGAGCACCAGUCGAAGAGUCUGCCACGUGCCGACAAGAAGGCAGUCAUCCAGCACUUCCAGGAGAAGGUGGAGGCUUUGGAGAAGGAGGCAGCCAGCGAGAGGCAACAGCUAGUGGAAACUCAUAUGGCUCGUGUGGAGGCUCUUCUCAACGACCGCCGACGCCUUGCGCUUGAGAAUUUUCUGAGUGCCCUGCAGGCAGACCAGCCACGGCCACGUCACGUGUUCAGUCUGUUGAAGAAGUACGUGCGCGCUGAGCAGAAAGACCGGCAGCACACCCUCAAACACUUUGAGCAUGUGCGUGUUGUGGACCCCAAGAAGGCCGCUCAGAUUCGACCUCAGGUGUUGACCCACUUGCGUGUGAUUGAGGAGAGGAUGAACCAGUCCCUGGCGCUUCUGUACAAAGUUCCAGGCGUGUUGGAGGAUAUCCAGGAAGAAGUUGAUAUGUUACAGCGUGAGCAGCAGGAGAUGUCGGCACAAUUGGCUUCACUGCAGAGCGACGUGAGGGUGAGCUACGGCAAUGACGCACUGAUGCCCGACAGCACCGCCCCAUUCGACCUACUGCCCUCCGAGGACUCCGAGCACCUGGGCUUCAUUCACCCUGAAAGCUUCAACCAGCCCAACACUCAGAACCAUGUUGAGCCUGUUGAUGUUCGUCCCUUCCCUGACAGAGGGCUUCCUACUCACCCAGUAUCUGGUCUGAAGACUGAGGAUGUUCCUGAUAUGGGCAUGGAGCUAGAUGAUGCUGCUUUUGAAGUGCACCACCAGAAACGGGUUUUCUUCGCUGAAGACGUCAGCUCUAACAAGGGUGCUAUUAUUGGCCUGAUGGUAGGCGGUAUCGUCAUAGCGACUGUCAUUGUCAUCACCCUGGUAAUGCUGCGAAAGAAGCAGUACACAUCCAUCCACCACGGUGUGAUUGAGGUGGAUGCUGCCAUCACUCCAGAAGAGCGCCAUCUUUCUAAGAUGCAGCAGAAUGGCUAUGAGAAUCCCACCUAUAAGUUCUUUGAGCAGAUGAACUAAUGAUCCAUGUGCUAGGCUGUAGUCCCCCAACCCUUAACCCCUUCCUCUUUACUCCACUCUGGACAGUGUAGGGACACACUCACUCCCUGUAGUACAUAUCUUGUGGUGCCAUAAGCACCACAAUCACUUGUGAUUGGUCGCUUGUCAAAAAAGAUGCAUAUAAACUGGUCAAACUUUUUUUUUUUAAUUUUAUUUUUAAAUUUAUACAUGUAGUGAAGAUGCCCUUGAGCACUGUUUGACGGUCAGGUAUUGCAAUUUUGUUCUUGAUUUAGAAUGAAACUUAGCUGAUCUCCGAUCAGAGUUUUCGGAUUUUGCGCGAGCAUCCCCCGCACUGUCCAUUCCUACACUAAUUUAACUGCUGAACACUGGGAUAUAACUGAUUGGUGUUAAAGACACUAUUCCUCAUGUUCUUUCUUUCUUCACUUCCUAUCCUUAUCCCGUUGCGUGCUUUGAUGACAGCUGUGCUGUGUUGGAUUAAAACAGAUUAAAAUCAUGACGAUAAGAUUAUAGUGAUAACCCUAAUGUACUCUUGAAUGAACACUUAAUUUUAAGAUUUUUUUUUUCAAGAAAAAAAGAAAAAUCAUGGAUAAAGAGAACUUUUUCUUAUGUUACGUCUAAUGUAUUGUCGUAAUGCAGAAAAAAAUAGCUGUACCUAUUUAGUGCAUGAUAAAAAAAAAAUGAAGAAAAACUCUGUUGUCUGAAUGGGUCCUUUCUCAUGUAGUGUCAUUUUAGCAGGGUUUCAGCAUCUUCUCAUGAACAUGACUACAGUUUCAUGAUUUCACUAAAUUGGCUUUCUUGUUUUGAUUUUAUACAGACAUGAUUUACAAGAACCGUGAUUGUUUUUCAUUGAUCUUUAUUUUUUACUUUGAGUUCCUCCAGCUACUGGGGGCUGGAAAAUCAGUGUGUAUAUUUCUGUCUUGAGAUGUUUUCAUCCUAUGCAUUUCAGAUCUCUCUCUUUUUCUCUGUCUGUCCCGUCCCCCCAUAUUUCUAUGCUAUUUAAUUUCAGUUUCCGUUUGGAUUCACAUGGUUGGAUGUGUUUUUUGUAAUGGGUUUUCAGGAUCGUGGGUGUUUUAGGGUUUGGGAGUUAGGGAUUCACUGUAUGUGUUUGUAUGUUCUCACCAGUGAAGUUUGUGUUUUUGUAAAAUCCCAUGUGAAGUUAACAAAAAAAAAAAAUCACCUUUCCUUCAGCCUCUAGUUUCCUAGAACUGUGGCAUCGGAGGCUUUUUUUUUUUCUUCUCUCUCUCAUGUCUCAUUGCUCGCUUACUUUUCUGCUGCAGUGCAGAACUGGGUGUGAUUACACUAUAACAAGUGAAAGACAUGGAGGAUGGAAGGAAAUGAGGUAAAAAUGAGCAGAAAUUCUUUUAUGUCUCCUGGAUAAACAGUCCAAUCUCCUUUCUUAUCCUCGUCUUGUGCUUUGCUUUAGUCCGUUUUUAUGAUGCGGGUUAUUAGAUUGGGUCCAUGCAAGCCAGUUCUUUUCAUGAGGGUUUUGUGAAUUGUUGCACAGAAGGAUAUUAGAAAGACCUAGCAACCAGUCAAAGAACACUGGUAUAAAUGGGAAGCAGCGCAGUUGUAAUCUAUAGCAUUAUUUCUCUGAUUUAAAAAGACAAGUAGGUUAAUUCAUAUAAAACAUGAUCUUGGAGCAGUUGCUACUUGCUAAAGCUUUUCUGGUUAUGGAUUAAAGUGAGCAGACUUUUUUUUUUUUCUCUUCCCCCCAGUGAUGGGUCUUUGCACUGUAAGUAAUCCUCUCAGUCUGAAAUCCCUCACUCAGCUUUUCUGAUGAAUGUGACGCAAACUACAUUACCCAUCUAGCAUGCAUUAAAGCAUCUGCACUGCUGUGGUGAGUCUUUCAACAACCUACAUGUUCAACUGAAACUCACUGUUCUUGUGAACAUGUUUUGGGGGGGGAUGAUUUUUUUUUUUUUUUUUCCCCUGUAUCAGUUUGAGCUAUCUGGGUAAUCACUUAAGGAAAAAAAAAACGUAAAUAACUCUUGUUGGUUAAAUAGAUGAAGUGAUUGUGGUUGCAGUUUUCUGACUGAGGUUUAGGAAGGCAUUAGGGAUGCAGUGACGCUGCAUUGUAGAUACAGAAAGCAGGAUUCAUUUUUUUGUGUGACUUUUUCUUCCUCUGUGUAAGUGUAUGGAACAUUUGCUUUGACUGGAAACACUAUGCUUUAUACACUGUAUUCCAUAAAUAAAGUUUUGAAUGUACAUACGA